AUGCUAAAACCACCUGCUUACGACAAAAUACAAAAACCACUUUUACAUCCACCAACCUAUGUUACCUAUAAAGAUAAAAGAUUCCUAAUUAUCGAUACCCCUUCCAUUAACAAUAUGUCAAGAUAUCUUAAAGAGUUUGAGAGAUGGAAUGUGACAGAUGUCGUUCGUUGUUGUAAGGCAGCAUACUCUCAAAACUUGUUGACAGAAAAGGGAAUUCAGGUCCAUGAUUGGUUUUUUUCAGACGGGGAAUUUCCUCCUCAAAUGAUCAUCGAUCACUGGCUAAGACUAAUAGAUUCAAGAUUUAACAAGAUGAUAGCACAAGAUGUAAAAGACGAAGAGAAGACAGAUGACAGUAAUGAUGACGAACCAAAGAAGCCGUGUAUUGCCGCACAUUGCGUUGCCGGCUUAGGAAGAGCGCCUAUCUUGAUUGCCAUUGCGCUUAUUGAAGAAGGUAUGGAUCCUCUAGAAUCCGUAGAAUUUAUUCGAAAGCGUAGGCAAGGAGCUAUCAACAACAAGCAGUUAAAAUAUAUAGAAAACUACAAGAAAAGGAAAAGACGAGAGGGACAAGUGAGUUGUUGCAUAAGCUGA